UACGGAAGCCGGCGGGGCCGCGCCGGGAAGAUGGCGGCGGACGGGGGCGCGGCGGCGGCGGCCCGCGAGCGGCGGCGCGAGCAGCUCCGGCAGUGGGAGGCGGCGCCGGCCCCGCCCUGCCCCCCGCGGCCGCCCCGCGCCCGGGCCGUGCGCUUCGAGCGCGCCGCCGAGUUCCUGGCCGCCUGCGCGGGGGGGGAGCUGGGCGAGGCCCGGGCCAUGCUGCGGGGGGGGCCCGGCGGGGAGCGGCCCGUGCCCGGCCUGGUCAACGGCACCAACGCGGACGGGAUCAGCGCCCUGCACCAGGCCUGCAUCGAUGAGAACCUGGAGGUGGUGCAGUUCCUGGUGGAGAACGGAGCCAACGUGAACCAGGCGGACAAUGAGGGCUGGACGCCCCUGCAUGUUGCUGCCUCCUGCGGCUACAAGGAGAUCGCCCAGUACCUGCUGGCCCACGGCGCUCAGGUGGCGGCGGUGAACAGCGACGGGGAGAUUCCCCUGGAUAUCGCCGAGGACGACGGCAUGGAGGCCCUGCUGCGGGAGGAGAUCGCCAAGCGAGGGGUGGACGUGGCGGCCGCCAAGCGGGAGGAGGAGGAGCUGAUGCUGCAGGACACGCGUCAGUGGCUGAACGCCGGCCGCAUCGACGACACGCGGCACCCCAAGACCGGAGCCAGCGCCCUGCACGUGGCUGCCGCCAAGGGCUACAUCGAGGUCAUGAGGCUGCUCCUGCAGGCUGGCUAUGACCCCAACGUGCGGGACAAGGACGGCUGGACCCUGCACGCGGCGGCCCACUGGGGGGUGGAAGAAGCCUGUCGCCUGCUGGUGGAGCAUCUGUGCGACAUGGACACCCUCAACAAUGUGGGCCAGCGCCCAUGUGACCUGGCCGACGAGGACACACUCGGCCUGCUGGAGGAGCUGCAGAAGAAGCAGGAGGAUCUGCGCAGCAAGAAGGAAGCUCACCUGAAGCAGGCGGUGAUCGAUACCAGCGCUGAGCAGCAGCCAGUGUACAGCGCCAAGCACAGGCGGAGCUCCGUGUGCCGCAUGAGCAGCCGGGAGAAGAUCUCGGUGCAGGACCAGUCCAAGGAGCGCAAGACUCUGGGCCCCAUCGUCCCGGACGAGGAGAACAGCUCCGCCUCCGAGGGGGAGGAGCCGGAGAAACCCACCGAGACCACGAAGCCCCUCCCACAGGAGAGCAGCGGCUUGAACGGGGUCACCCUUCCCCCCGUUUCGGCCGUGCCUGCAGGGCCUAAGUUCUCUGGAGGCCGCCCCACCACAACAGAGGAUUCGUCGGCGCCUGCCUGGAGGGCGGGGCUGCGGAAGACGGGCAGCUUCGGGGUGCUGCAGGAUGCCCGGCUGGACGAAGGGCCCCCCAAGGAGGGCAGGAUCAAGCGCUCGGCGUCCAGCCCCAGGCUGGACACAGAGGAGAAGCCACAGGACAUCUGGGAAAUCCUACAGAAGUGGAACAGGACUUUGAUUGGCCCGGGGUUAGCCAAUAAGAGCGUAGCCUCAGAGCUAGCCAGUCGGGAGGAAGGGAGUUCAUCGGGUGACCUGAGCAAGGAGCCGCCGCGCCUGGCCCGGGUCCCGCCAACGCCCACCCGGCGCAUCUUCACCCUGCCUGACGCAGAGCCAAGCAGAGCGAGCUUGGAAGAUGGCCUGCAGAUGAAAAUCGAUGUGGGUCCUGCCCCCAACCAGCUCCCCACUUCCAGCACAGACCCCCGCGACCGCCGAAGAUCAUAUCAGACCCCCGUGAGGGAUGAGGAGUCAGAAUCACAGCGCAAAGCCCGGUCACGUCUCAUGAGGCAGUCCCGGCGAUCCACCCAGGGUGUCACCCUCACAGACUUGAAGGAGGCCGAGAAGACCAUUGGCCGAUCCGGGGACGCCAGGGCCACCGAGCAGCGAAUCGGGGAGGACGAGAAGCAGGGCCGAGAAGGGGAGCAGCCGCUGGAUACCACGGACUCGGUCAGGCAAUGCCGCGCAGCCAACCCUGAGGGCUCCUCGGUGUACCCUGUCAGUCCCAUCGUGGUGAACUCUCAGGCACGGAGAGCGCCGGAGCCCGAGGGGCCGGGGCUGAGCUCCGAGGCGGAGGCCGAGCUGCGGAACCGGCUGGCCGUGCGGGACCGCCGGAAAGGCCGGCGGGAACGACGCUCCACGGGCAUGCUGCAGAACGCAGAGGGCGACGAGCCGGAGGAGCCGGAGCAGCUGAACGACAGCACCCCGGGAUCCAGAUACCUUCCGGCCAGGGGCUCUGGGGGAUCCAGCACGUCCGACCACUUGAACAGCCUCCUGCCCCACCGGACGGAUGCGUACGGCUGCGCCAGGCUCAGCAGCAUGGGCAGCGCCGGGGACGAGCGUGAAUACAAAAAGCUCUAUGAAGAUCUCCAGGUGGAAAACGAGAAGCUGCAGGAGCAGCUGCAGGAGUCGCAGCUGAAGUUGACGCAGAUCAAGCUGGAGCUGGAGCGGGUGACCCAGAGACAGGAGCGCUUUGCCGAGCGGCCAGCACGGCUGGAGCUGGAGAGAUUUGAGCGCCGGGCCUUGGAGCGGAAGGCAGCGGAGCUGGAGGAGGAGCUGAAGGCUCUCUCGGACCUGAAGGCCGAUAACCAGCGCCUGAAAGACGAGAACGCGGCUUUGAUCCGGGUCAUCAGCAAACUCUCCAAGUGAUGCCCCCAGGGCAGGGAGUCGCCCCGCUUUCCGGGCCAGCCCCUUCCAACCGUCAGGGAGCCCCCCCACACUCCAGACCAGCUCCCCCGCCAAGGUGCCAUGCGAGGGGAGAGUCUAUGGACCAGAAUAAGCCCCUUCCCCCCCACAGCAGGACCACACCCCUUAGGCCUCCCCCUCAAAACAGGGGCCUCGCUGAUCUCCCCCAAAAAUCUUUCCACUGGUGGAGGGGUGUCUGAGCCCCUGAUAAUCAGACCAACACACACACCCCCACCCCCAAAAAACCCAACAACAAAAUCCAGCCUCCAGCCCUGGGACAAAUAUUUAUUAUUUGUGGCUCUUUACAAUUCCUGCUACUCGUUAAGUGAUGCUCGUUGUCAGUAGCUGGGGGCGGGGAGGGGGGCAGAUUCCUGCCUGCCCCCCUCCCCUAGUCCUAACCCCAGUAAUCUCCAGUUAGAAGCCAAAAUGAUGCCCCCCCCAUUUGAUCGUGGGGAUGUUAGCGGAGAUGGGGGUACUGCAAGACCCCCACCCCCACUUUUUAAGGUCCCUUCAAUUCCCCCCCACCCCAGCUAAACAAAUCCCAGAACAUUAACUCCCUUGCCAACCGGCAGCUUUGAUUCUGCCCCACGGUGCCCCCCCCAUGGAUGCCAAGGAGCUGCCAAGGAUCUCUCACCUGCCUGCCCCAUGGGCGCACUGUGCCAUGCCCCCCCAGGUGCCAGUAAGUGGGGGGGCUGGCACACGGGAGGGUGGGGGGCAGCGGGAAGGGGGGGCUAUGCCAGUAUUGGGGUGCCCUUGGGGACAAAUGGGGGGUUCCGGGGAGGGCUACUAUAGGGUCAGCCCCCAGAGGAACCCAGCAGGGGGAUUCAGGGUGACCCCUGAAUAAACAGCCCCAUUGGGGCAUCUCCAGUGUGCGCUACUUGGGUCCAAAGGAGGGGGGGCCCAUCUGCUGUACUGACCUGCAUUCCUGCCUUGGCUCCACCCCCUCGGAAUCUUGGUGUUAAAAGGGGGCGGGACUUUGUAGUCCCUGCCCCCCUUCCCCCUUGCAGUAUCUGGGCCAAAACGUGGAUGGCGGGGAAUGGGGGUGCCUCCCAAUUCUUCCUCCUAAGAGCUUCUUCCAUUGGAGAUUUGGGGGAGCAGGCACCCAAUAAUUAGAUGACCAAAGUCGGGGGGUGCUCCCCAAUGUCCCCCCUGGACACAUAGGGAAUGAAUGGGGGUUCCUGGCUUUGCCAAACUCCUGUCUAUCGCAAACCCAGCUGGGGGUGCCCCCAGGAUUAUGGGGUUCAGGUAAGACAAAGGGCAUUGCAGAUCUGCUGCCCCCCCAAGUGUGUGUGUGGGGGGGGGCCUGGAUCUCAGAACCAAGGCGCUGCUUCAGCCCCCCCCCAAAAUGUGCCGUGUGUAUGUGGGGGGGGGGGGUCAGAUCCCAGUUUUCUGCUCCCUUCUUUAAUGGGCCCCAAACGCUGCUUGUCCACCCCUUGAAAAGGGGGUGGGGGGUGGUUUGGACAGAUGCAAGUGCAAAAAAAGCAGGGUUCAGACUCCCUUUAAAACCUGCCAUGCAAAACAGCUUUGUCCCCGUUUGGCCCCAGAGCAUGGUCUCCUGGAAAAUGUCCCCCCCACACACACAGUUUUCUGUGCCAUACCACGCCUCCUUGCUGAAAUGUCCCCCUGAAAUUUGUAGGGGAACCUCAAAUUUCCAUGCCAUUACCCUCUCCCUCAGUUCAAAAUCCCCCCCAAUACCGGGGGGACCCCUAAAUUCUGUGCCAUGCAACUGAUUUCCCCCCUCAGCAAAAAACACGCCCCCAGAUUCAGCCGGCAUCCACAAAUUUUCCAGGCUGUGCAACCAUCUCCCCCCCCGCCCCAUCCCUCAGCAAAAUGAAAAUCCCCAUGAAGUUUGCAGAGGGGUCCCCCCCCAUUUAUAUGCCAGGCAACCGCUCUCCCCCCGCCCACGCCACCCCUGUGAACAUAUCUGUAUAUAAAGGAAAGUAUUUUCUAUACGGCGCCCUCCCCCCCUCCCCGAAAGAUACGACGUGUGCAAUACGGCAAAGGAAAUUCUAUAUAUUGUAUUUGUUUAUUUUAGCAGCCCGGCUGCAGAUCUUUAAAGCACAGGGAUAGAAAAAAAAAUCUUACAAAAAUGAAACCGUAAAAAAAAAAAGAAAAAAAAAAUUUUAAAGCCCG